UGAAGGCGGAACAGAUCCGUCCGUCCGAUGACUGAAACGGGCGACUUCAUGAGCAUGCAAACACUUUAAAACACGAAAUCAAUAAUGAACGACACACGAGUCCGACGAGCAGAUUAAAGUCCUCGUUUGACCCGCAUGUGAUAUAUGCCACAUGUUGGGUAAAGGCCUGAAACGGAAGUUGGAGCAGGAGGAAGAGAAUGCCGUCAACAAAAUGCGCUCUCCUCGGGAAGUGUCGUCCAGCUGCUAUUGGCUUCAGAGGCAGACGGUGCUCAACCUUUCCCUGCUGAAGCUGCACAGCCGCCCAGCACACUCGGACCCGGGCCUUGCGCGUAGGGUCCUCAUUACAAACACACUCCGGCACAUUCAGGAUGAGCUGAGAGUGGAGGAGGUUCUUCUACCCCAGUCUUUCCUCAGCGCUGGGUCUCCAUUAGGCGUCAUCAAGGGGCCUCGGGAACGCACAGCAGGUUGUGGGGUUGAGUCUCCAGCUCGCACUGAGUGCGGUUUGAUGCCGGUGUCAAUGUUGGAGGAGGAUAGACAUCUGUUCCUGUCUCUCCACUCAUCUGUUGCCAUCCAUACACUUCCUUCUGUUUCUAGACACCACACCCCACCAUCCUCUAAUGCUAAGGACAGCUUCGCCUCAGCGUUGGCUGAAAUUGAGGAUCUGUGCCCAAAUGUGGGGACAACUUCUUCUUUGGACCUAAAAAUGGCCUCCUCUACCUCAUUAGGCCGAAAUGUUCCAGAUAUUACUAGUAACUCAGCCACCGUGGGCUUGGGAUGUUCAGAUGAAUCCAGGCAAACAGAUGUUUCUGAUAUGGACAGCAAUAUGGGCUCGGCAUUAUCUCAGCCCCACCACUCUCUCUUGGACUCCACCCAAUCUGUUUUUAACCACACCCCCUCACUUCUCACCGAUUUCACACUGGAAGAUUUCCUGUUCACAGAAAUAGACAACAACCUGUUUGACAAUACACCUUGUAGUUCAUCCCUUAGCACAGCCUCAGGCGCAUCAAAAGUUGUUUCCAUGGUAACGGAUGACAUUGUUAAAACACUUACUGGUUUUGGUAGCGGUGGGAUGAGCCAACCAGCUCUUCCGCCAAACCAGACAUUCAAAUUGGACCUUAAUGAACUGGAUCAUCUCUUGGAAGUUUUGGUUGGGUCUUGAUUUGAGGGAAUGUGUAAGUUUCGUAAUUUCCCCGAUAGCACACUUGCAUCUCCCAGACGUCUUUGAUGUGUGUGUUUACAUCUGAAAGACGUAUUUUUUAGGUUGUUUGCUCAUCUGCAAUACGUCUGUAAGAGGUUUCAUCUCAGGUAUCAAUAAGACAUUCAGCAGAUGUCUUCAAGAUGUUUACGAUUUCAAAUUUUUGUAAAUCUGAUCUUUUUAAGAUGUUUAGGAGAUGCCAAUUAGAAUGCGACACUUUCCAGAUGGAACGCUAUUAAUCAGACAUCUCCGAGAUGUACGCGUGCUAUCUGGGAUGUACUUUUUACGGAAAGGUUUUUAUAAAUUUUACUGUAGUUUUUGUAUUAUGGCAUGUAUGCCAAAAGGGUUGUCAUUGCUAUGAACAUAUUUAUUUUGGUACAGUAGCUGAGAGUGCACAGAAAUACAAACAUGAUGUAAUUUAUAUAUUGCACUUUUUAUUAUAAUAUCAUUAUAAUGUUAUAAAGUGAUAUUUAAAAAUCUGUGGAAAUUUCAUUACUUAUUUUAGUAUUCAAAUAUAAAAAAUAAUAAUAAUAAUAAUAAAAAGAUUUA